AUGUCGGACGACGAGGAGCGCGACUAUUCCCAUCUUCAAUCUGAGAAGAAAUCGCUGAAACAGAAAAAUGGGCGGAGGAUUGGCAGGGCCCCGCCGAGCUUAGACCAUACGGUUUUCAAAGGGAUAGAGAAGAAAGGAUUUAAGCAGCCAACUCCUAUUCAGCGAAAGACCAUUCCUUGUAUUCUUGAUGGCAAAGAUGUCGUGGCCAUGUCUCGUACAGGCAGUGGAAAAACAGCAGCCUUCGUUAUUCCAAUGUUACAGCGCUUGAAACGGCGCGAUACAAGGGGUAUACGUGCUCUUUUAGUGUCACCGACGCGAGAACUCGCCCUUCAAACGUUUAAAGUCGUCAAAGAGAUUGAUCGCAACUCCUGGUCGACUUCUUCAUGUCAUAGUCGAGAUGGAUCUGCGGCUGAGCUCUGUACAGUCGUGGUGUCUGAUGAGGCUGAUCGAUUAUUUGAAAUGGGAUUCCAGGAUCAGUUGACGGAAACACUGAAACGUAUACCCGAAAGCAGACAAACCUUGCUCUUCUCGGCCACUUUACCGAAAAUGCUUGUGGAUUUUGCGAAAGCUGGACUAUCGGAUCCUAUGCUGGUUCGCCUUGAUGUCGACGAGAAGAUUUCGGAUCGGCUUUCAAUGGUGUUUGCAACCUGUAGAGCUGAUGACAAACUAGAAGUAUUGUUACACAUAUGCCGACAAAUGGAUGCUGAAGGCAAGCAAACUGUUGUGUUUUGUGCAACGAUGAAGCACGUUGAGUAUGUGGUAGGAAUCAUGAAUCGGGCUGGUAUCGAUAAUUCCUUCAUAUACAGUCAACUUGACGCCACGGCACGGAAACUGAAUAUUGCAAAAGGCUGGCAUGCUCCGCAUGAAAGCUACAAAUGCUAUUUGAUGCGCUUACAUCCGGCCAUCGUCACCACCAUCGCGCCGAAUCGGUAG